AUGCCUCGGAACUCCCCUCUUAAUGAAAAUGAAAAAGAAUACAUUUCUGCCUAUAAACUGGAAGGAAAAUCUAUAAGAGAACUGUCGAGGUCCCAAACAGUUGUGAGAAAUUAUCUAAAGGACCCUGAAUCUCUAAAAAAAAUAUUGUUAAUCUCCCUUUUUAUCACCCGCUCUAACUUUCAUCAUCUGCUCACCCUUUUCCUCCCCCAUCCUCCCUUUAUAUCUCACACUUCCUUUUCAUCUCCCAACCGCCUUUUCUAUCUCACACUCCCUUUUCAUCUCCGCUCUCCCUUUUCGAAUCACACUCUCCCUUUUCAUCUUCUGCUUCAUUUUUCCCUUUUCGUCUCCCGCUUUUCAUCUUCUCCUCUUCCUUUUCAUCUAUCCUCUCAUUUUCAUCUCGUGCUCUCCCUUUUCAUCACUCUCCCUUUUCAUCACUCUCCCUUUUCAUCACUCUCCCUUUUCGCCUUCAAUUCUCUGUUUUCAUCUUUUUCAUUUCCGUGUUCCUUUGAUCUCAAACUCUCCUUUCUGAUCACCCACCUUUUCUUUUUUCAUCACCCUCUCUUCCUUUUCAUCUCCCACUCACCCUUUUCAUCUGCCCUUUAUCUGCCUUUUCAUCACCCGCUCUACCUUUCAUCAUCUGCUCACCCUUUUCAUCUUCCACUCACCGUUUCUAUCUCACACUUUUCAUCUCCACUCUCCCUUUUCGAAUCACACUCUCCCUUUUCAUCUUCUGCUUUAUUUUUUUUAUCUCCCACUCAACCUUUUCAUCUCCCACUCUACCUUUUCAUCUUCUCUUCUUCCUUUUCAUCUCUCCUCUCAUUGUUAUCUCAUGAUCUCCCUUUUUAUUUUCGCCUCCAAUUCUCUCUUUUCAUAUGCCGCUCGUUUUUUUCCUUUUCCGCGCUUCGAUGUCAUCCUCCCCACAUUGAUUUCAUCUCUUAUACACGCUUUUCAUCUCCUACUCUUUUCAUCGUUUUGCGUCUCUCUCUCUCUCUCUCUCUCUCUCUCUCUCUCUCUUUCGUCUUCCGCUAUCCAUCUUACUCUGUCCCUCUUCAUUUCUCUCUACCUUUCCGUUUCUUUUUCCUUAUUCUUAAAUUCUUCUUUUUUUUUUCGCUACCCUCACCUACCUCUAUCUUUUCUACUUCUGACAGCUCAUUCGUUCUGGCGCUUUCUCUCUUCUUUCUCUUCUGUUUCCCUUAUUUAAUGCACUUACUUCUCUCUUCUCUGUCAUCUAUUCUCCCUUCCUUUAUGACAGCUUCUGUUCUUUUUCUAUUUCCAGCUUUUCCUCCAUCUUUUUAUCUUUUUUCAAUGUUCAGUCUCUUCUUUAGCCUUCCUUAUCUUUUCAUUUUCAAUCUUCUUCUUUUAUUAUUAUUAUUAUUAUUAUUCAUUUGCUUCUUUUUUCUCUUUUUUCUUUUCUUAUUUCUUUUUUCUAUCAUUUUUCCUCUUUUUCUUUCUACAUUUCCUAUUCAUCUCCCAGUCGCCUUUUCAGUUUUUCUUCUCCCCAUUCUCAUUUAUCGCUCUUUAUUUUCAUCUACUCUUUCGUUUCUUUCUUUUUUUUUUCUACUUAUUCUUGUCCCUUUUACUUUCUUCUCUUUAUUUAGUUUUUCUUUCUUUUUUUUUCAGUCUUUUCUCUACAAUCGUUCAUCUCUUUCUUUUCUCCUCCUGGACAUUCUUUUAGCCCCCCUUCAUUUUCAUUUGUCCAUAUUUAUUGUUGUUUUUUUUCUUCUUCUCCAUUCUCCCAUUAGGUCUUCUUUCAUCGCUUAUGACAUUCUUUUUUUUCUUUUGGUCUAUUUUUCUUUUCCCCUUCUCCUACGCCCCUCUAAUAUCUCUAUUCAAUCUCUUCUUUUCCAUUUUUUUCUUAAAUUCCAUUUUCUUCUUCUUCUUCUUCUUCUUCUUCUUAUUAUUAUUAUUAUUAUUAUUGAAAGAUAUUCCUUUAAAAUUCUUUUCUAUUUUUUUUUCUUGGUACAUUACUUGCCGAGUGACAAGCAGGCACCUCAGGCAAGAAAUGAGAAACGGUGUCGUUCGUCAGGGAAACGAGUGACACUGGAAUGUCAUGGAUGUGCACCGUUUGAUUUCGCUAUUAUUUUCUCUUUUCCUUUCUAUUCUUCCUCUGUUUAUUGUCUUCUUCUAUUUUGCCUCCCCCUCCUCAGACCCCCCCCACACACACACACAAAAUCUUUCUCGUAUUGCAAGCAAGAAACCUUGCAAACAUCUCAAACUCUCGUCGCUCUCACGUGA